CACAAACAAACAACCAAAACAACAUUACAGAAGUAAAAACGCCAAAAUUACUUUUCUUGCUUUUGCUUUUUAUUUAACCUCUUAUGCGACUGCAGCAACCAGAAACAAUAUCUAGCUGGGUGUAUUUGUUUUUGUAUUUUCAUUUGCUCUCUAAAAAUUGCAAAUCCAUUUCUUGUUUUCAUUACACAAAAAACCCAGAUGUUUAUUUUUGGGUUUGUUUCUUUUUGAGCUGUAGAGUGGAUGUUAGGGGAAGUCAAAAUGUUUCAGAGGUUAGGGACGAUUCGCGAGUGUGGUGAUCGUUGAAACGUUUCGAUCUGUUUCGUGGUUGUAUAGCUGAUAGAUCCUGCAGAUGGGUGAUUUGUGGUUAUUUUGCUUUUCUGUUUGGAAGAUAGUGAAUGAAAAAAUGAGUAACUGAGUGGAAUCGGUAGCUUGCGAGCUAAGGAGAGAGAAAGCCAUCGAAUCACAGAGAAACGUCUUGUCCGAAACGUUUCAGUGGUUUUUAGUUUGGAUGUUUUACGAAACCUUGCGAUGUUCUGGUGAGAAUUCUUCUUGGAAAUUUGAGCAUCAGCUUGGUGGAAUCGGAGGCGGGAGUAAAAAGUGAGCUUGCAGCGACGAGGAAUACCGCCCUGAUGUGAAACGUUUCGUGGCGUUUAUUCUGUAUUUAUGCUUUGGGAAACACUGGAAAUGUUUUCGUGAAACAGAUCGUUACGUGUUGAAAGCUCUGAUCUCGAAGGAUUUAUGCUUUUAUCGUGUUUGGGGCUGUCUUAUAGUGGCAAAACAAGAAUAACUGCGUAGCGAAUCAGGAUAUCCUUGUCUCUUGUCCACUUUAUCUCCACUCCUUAAAAUAUUAAAGUCCGAAAUUUUGGAUAUAAAUUUAUGGAGUGUAUUUAUUUUAGUGAAACCCCCAUUAUAUUUUGUUCUUUGUUGUAAGUGUUAAAGGGUGUGGAUAUUUUGUUUGAGGAAACGGAGCUAUUUCUGUUUGGUUUAGUUUCAUUCGAUAUGCUUGUGCUUUAAGGUGUAUUAAGUGCUUAAAAUUGUGUUAAAGGAGGAUAAACCACUUGUCUUUGGCUAGCUUUUUGUGGGUAUUGCAACCUGUUUGGCCCCAUUUGUGCAUAUUUUGGUGCUCUUGAAAGUGUGUUAUAGUUUGUGAGCUUGUGAUUGGGGAUAUUAUAGCGCUUCGUGGGUAAUGUCAGUUUGUGCACGAGGUUUUUGAAACUGUGACUAAAGAAGAGAAGCUACGUGGCUUUGUACUAGUUCCUCUCAUUGUGGGAAUUUCUGAAUUUUGGUGGUGAAAUUUGAAGAUGGCGAUGUCCUGCAAGGAUGGUAAAUCAGCGAUCUUGGACAAUGGCAAGUAUGUAAGGUACACACCUGAGCAGGUUGAGGCUCUUGAGAGGCUCUAUCACGAGUGCCCCAAACCCAGUUCAAUUCGCCGCCAACAGUUGAUAAGGGAGUGCCCAAUCCUCAAUAAAAUUGAACCCAAACAAAUCAAAGUUUGGUUCCAGAACAGAAGAUGCAGAGAGAAGCAGAGGAAAGAGGCCUCCCGGCUUCAAGCUGUGAAUAGAAAGCUAACAGCUAUGAACAAGCUGUUAAUGGAAGAGAAUGAUAGGUUGCAGAAGCAAGUGUCACAACUGGUGUAUGAGAAUGGAUACUUCCGCCAACAUACCCCAAACACAACGCUUGCAACCAAAGAUACAAGCUGUGAAUCAGUGGUGACGAGUGGUCAACACCAUUUGACACCUCAGCAUCCUCCAAGGGAUGCUAGUCCUGCAGGGCUUUUGUCCAUUGCAGAAGAGACUUUAACAGAGUUUCUUUCGAAGGCCACUGGAACUGCUGUUGAGUGGGUCCAAAUGCCUGGAAUGAAGCCUGGUCCGGAUUCCAUUGGAAUCGUUGCUAUUUCUCGAAGUUGCACUGGGGUGGCAGCUCGAGCAUGCGGCCUGGUGGGUCUAGAGCCUACUAGGGUUGCAGAAAUCCUAAAGGAUCGGCCUUUCUGGUUUCGUGAUUGCCGAGCUGUGGAUGUUCUCAAUGUGCUGCCAACUGCCAAUGGUGGAACCAUUGAGCUACUAUACAUGCAGCUGUAUGCACCGACUACAUUGGCACCUGCUCGUGAUUUUUGGUUGUUGCGCUAUACUUCUGUUUUAGAAGAUGGUAGCCUUGUGGUUUGUGAAAGAUCCCUGAAGAAUACACAGAAUGGUUCCAGCAUGCCACCAGUGCAGCAUUUUAUCAGAGCAGAAAUGCUGCCAAGUGGAUACCUGAUCCGACCUUGUGAAGGAGGUGGUUCAAUCUUACACAUUGUUGAUCAUAUGGAUUUGGAGCCGUGGAGUGUGCCUGAAGUCUUGCGUCCGCUGUAUGAAUCAUCAACUGUUCUUGCCCAAAAGAUAACAAUUGCGGCACUACGUCAGCUGAGGCAGAUUGCUCAGGAGGUUUCUCAGUCUAAUUUUGCUGGCUUGGGAAGGCACCCUGCUGUUCUACGUUCAUUUAGCCGGAGGUUGAGCAGGGGAUUUAAUGAGGCCGUUAAUGGAUUUACUGAUGAGGGAUGGACGGUGAUGGGGAAUGAUGGCAUGGAUGAUGUUACUAUCCUUGUGAACUCAUCUCCUGAAAAGUUAAUGGGUUUAAAUCUUUCCUUUGCUAAUGGGUUUCCAGCUGUCAGCAAUGCUGUCUUAUGUGCUAAAGCGUCAAUGCUUUUGCAGAAUGUGCCGCCUGCAAUCCUUCUUCGGUUUUUGCGAGAGCACAGAUCAGAGUGGGCAGACAAUAAUAUUGAUGUUUACUCAGCUGCAGCUAUCAAGGUUGGUCCCUGUAGCUUAGCAGGGUCCAGAGUUGGAGGUUUUGGGAGUCAAGUUAUUCUCCCACUAGCUCAUACUAUUGAACAUGAAGAGUACCUGGAGGUCAUCAAGUUGGAAGGUGUUGGCCAUUCUCCUGAAGAUGCUAUGAUACCUAGAGAUAUACUUCUCUUGCAACUCUGUAGUGGAAUGGACGAGAAUGCUGUUGGUACCUGUGCUGAACUUAUAUUUGCUCCCAUUGAUGCUUCCUUUGCUGAUGAUGCUCCUCUUUUACCAUCUGGUUUUCGCAUCAUUCCUCUUGAUUCUGGAAAGGAAGCCUCUAGUCCGAACCGCACCUUGGACCUUGCUUCUGCUCUUGAGAUUGGCUCAACAGGAAAUAGAGCGUCUAGUGACUACUGCACUAAUUCUAGCUGCUUGAGAUCAGUGAUGACGAUAGCAUUUGAAUUUGCAUUUGAAAGUCACAUGCAGGAUCAUGUGGCUUCGAUGGCUCGUCAAUAUGUCCGCAGCAUUAUAUCAUCUGUUCAGAGGGUUGCAUUAGCACUCUCUCCUGCUCAUUUAAAUUCACAUGGUGGUCUUCGGACACCAUUGGGAACCCCAGAAGCACAGACACUCACUCGUUGGAUCUGCCAGAGUUAUCGGUGUUACUUGGGUGUGGAAUUGCUCAAAUCCAGCAGUGAAGGAAGUGAUACCAUUUUGAAAACCCUGUGGCAUCAUACAGAUGCUGUCAUGUGCUGCUCUUUAAAGGCAUUGCCCGUUUUCACCUUUGCAAAUCAGGCAGGGCUUGAUAUGCUUGAGACAACCUUGGUUGCACUGCAAGACAUUACUUUGGAAAAGAUAUUUGAUGACCAUGGACGAAAGACUCUCUGCUCAGAGUUUCCACAGAUAAUGCAACAGGGCUUUGCUUGUCUUCAAGGUGGGAUUUGUUUGUCGAGCAUGGGCAGACCGGUUUCUUAUGAACGUGCAGUGGCAUGGAAGGUAUUGAAUGAAGAAGAGACUGCUCAUUGCAUCUGCUUUAUGUUCAUUAACUGGUCUUUUGUCUGACAUUUGGAGCAGCCAAAGAUGAUAGAAAUCACCUGCAAAAGACAGUUUAUGUAUUGUUAGCUUGUUUAAACUUCUGGCCAUUAAAGCCUUAAAAUGCAUUGCUACUAGGACAGAUAAGGUUGUUAGGCCUCCUGCAUUUCUCUAAACUAGUUCCUUGUGUUGCUUGGAGUUUAUGCUGUAAUGAUCAUGCAAUAUGAAACUUAAUUACGUUUGCAA